AUCAUAGAUGUUGUUGGGGAUGCUCAAAUAUUGAAUCAUCAAAUCCUUACUUUUUUUUGCAUUAUGAUAUACAUGUCUGUAGCCAAGUGCCAAACAAGCUCAUCCAUUACAAAAACCAUCCCUAUCAUGGCCACAAAGAGCCAAACUGAUCAAGUCAUGUGAAGGCGAUGGAGGGUAAAAAACAUUUUCUCCUAGCCCUUCAAACAAAUACCCCACAAUCUGGCAGUACUAAUUUGUAUUCAAAGCAUGCAUUAGCCAGCCCAGUACUCCAAUCAAAUCAGCUCACUGGGUAACGGCCGCUGGGAGAAUGAAUGGGUUUUGAAUACUUGAAGCACUGAUGAUCGAUGGUUUUAUGGCGGCUACCAUUCUUCCUAUGCGGUAACUCUUUCAUUUAUGAGCACUUAAUUUACCAAAACAAUGAUUCUUAAGCAUUACUAGUUCGAGUAGUAUCUGCAAAAGCUGAAGAAUCCUACAGUUCUCACGAAGUAAGCGUGGUCAUGAACAAAAAAAUAAGAAGCCAAAUGAUUUGACCCCACCAACCCAAAACUACAAACAACGCAUCCAUUACCACCAUCAAAACAAGAUCACCUUCCCAAAGAAAACCCCUGUUGAAUCAGUCUGGUACUGUAGAAAGGUUGAACAAGGAUAAGUAGGAGCUGAAAAGAAGGGAAUUCAACAGUGAGGAAUGGUGGGGCUUUUCUUUUGUGAUGAGUAGUGGUGAUGAUGAUGAUGAGACAAGGAAGUAAUUUGGGGGGCUCAAGGUGUCAAGAAUGUGGAAACCAAGCUAAGAAAGACUGUGUUUACAUGAGAUGCAGAACAUGCUGUAACAGUAAAGGAUUUCAGUGUCAAACACAUGUUAAGAGCACUUGGGUUCCCGCUUGUAAACGGCGACAGAGGGCUCAAAAUCUUUUGCCUUGUCAACAACAGCAGCUUCAAGGACACAACCCUAAAAGGCCAAGAGAAAAUCCCUCAACAGGUUUAGAAAUCGAGAAUUUUCCUGCUGAAGUGAACACAACAGUCACAUUUCGUUGCUUUAGAGUGAGCUCCAUUGAUGAAUCAGUUGAUCAAUUUGCAUAUCAAACGAGUGUUAAUAUAGGAGGCCGUGUUUUCAAGGGAAUUCUCUACGAUCAAGGUCCUCAUGAAAGUCGUUAUUACUUUGGUGAAAGCUCUUCCAGACAACUUCAAGAGCCUAAUCUCCCAAGUGCAGGUGCCCUAACUCCUGGCGCUCUAGCUUCAACUUCAGGUGCUGCAGAAUCUCUUGCCCACCCUUCAUAUCCAUUUCCCCUUACUGCUUCCAUGUCCGGUACGCAACUUUUCCUGCACCCAAAAUCUUAGGGCUCAUCAGUCUUAAUUUUUGUAGUUAUCAAAAAGAAGGGAAUUAAAAUGUUAAAAGGAUCCCCAACUUUUUUUUGUCAAUCAUAAAUUGGAUUUUCCUCUCUUCUAUAUUACCAUAAAUCGCCACAUAUUCGUGCUUAUGUUUCUUCCUAUGAGUAUCCAUUGAACUAGAAAUGAAUAAUUGGAGAUUUUGUUCUUUGUUCAAA